AUUUUCAAUAAAAAAAAUGGAAAACCAAAUUAUCAAAUAAAAUCUAAAGUGAUAUGCUUAACCUAUGUAUAUUUUAAUCAGUUCUCAGUUCUCACAAAUUGGCCGCCGACGGUAGUUAAACUUUACAGAGUUAAAAAAUUGAGAAAAUUUCCAAUGAAAUUUAUUCAAAUUCGUAUUUUUUCCGUCGUCUGUUCUCCAUCACUCUCAACUAAUAGAAGGAAUUUAAUCGGAACCCUAACAUCACUUCCCACUCUUCCUUUGGAUCUCAUUAUUGAAAUACUAAGUAGGUUACCCGUGAAGCAACUCCUUCAACUACGAUGCGUCUGCAAAUUAUGGAAAUCUCUAAUUUCCGAUUCCAAAUUCGCCAAAAAGCAUCUUCAUCUUUCAACCACAUACACCCUACACGGCAUAGACAACCAAAACUAUUAUUCAAAACACGUCCUCAAGUCUUACUCACUCAACUCUUCCGUCUCGAUCGCUCAGAUACAUCUUCCUUCCAAUGGUUAUGUUCGCUUCCUUGGUUCUUGCAAUGGCGUCCUUUGUCUCGGAGAAGAAGAUGAUGGUGGUGACUUAUUUCUGGUUCGAUUGUGGAACCCUUCCAUUAGAAAAUUUAAAGAAUUGCCACCUGUUAGAAAACCACAUAGUUACCAUUUGGGGAUGAGUGGAUUCGGAUAUAAUCCAAUUAGUGAUAAUUACAAGGUUGUGGUAGUUUUACUUCCAUCCGAUAAUGUUGAAGAUAAUGGUAAUUAUUUUAGCGACCAUGAAGUGAAGGUUCAUACUUUGGGUACCGAUUCAUGGAAAAGUGUUUCCGUGUUUCCUUUUGCUGGUGUCUUUGUUCAGCAAUUGGGGCAAUAUGUCAGUGGCACAAUUAAUUGGUUGGUUUGUACGGAUAUCAUGCAAGGUCAAUAUUUUAUUGCUUCUGUUGAUUUGGGGAAAGAGUCUUAUCAAAAGGUUUUGCUACCAGAUGAUUCUGGUGAGGUAGAUAAUUAUACAUUACGAUUGAGUGUUUUCAGGGAUUGCUUGUGCUUGAUUUUCGGUGAAGAUGUUUGGGUUAUGAAGGAAUAUGGAAAUAAAGAGUCUUGGAUUAAAUUGUUCACCAUUUCUUACGUGCGAGAUCAUCAUUGUACAUCAUCUUGUUACAUUAUUCACCCAACAUAUAUUUUUGAGGAUGACAGAGUGUUGCUGAGUUGUCGGAGUUAUCAAGAGUGUAUUGACGGCACAUGGAAGCAUAUUUCUUACCAUUGUAAUUGUAAAAAUGGCACUUCAAAGUUUAUUGAGUUUGAACACAUGCUAGAAGUUUGCAUUGAGAGUUUGAUAUCACCUUGUCACCUUUCUAAUGCUAGGAUGUAAAUGUGGUGCUAUGUCACUUUAGCAUGAGAUUUAAUGAAAAGUAAAAAGAUAUAUGGUCA